AUGUGUUACUGUUUUGUAUUGUAUUCAAAGAAGUGGUCCCGAUGGGUGAAAGUUGAUGGGGAGGGUGAUGAUGAAGGGGUAGAAUCUGAUGGUGAAGGUGAUCUGGAAAAGGUAGAAUCUAGUAGGGAGGGUGAUGUAGGAGAGGUACAAGCUAUGGAGAGGGAUCACCCUAAAAUGAAGCUGAGGGAAAUUCAAAGAAGAUGUUCUUCUGAGAUGCAUGUAAAUGUGACCAUUGACUGUUGUUAUAGAGCGAAGAAAAUAGUGAAGGAGAAAAUGGCUGGGAAUCAUAAGGAGGAAUUUGGCUUACUAUGGGACUAUGCUCAUGAGUUAAGGUCAAAAAUGCCAGGAAAUACAAUAAAAUUGGUUGUUCAAAGGGUGAAAGUAGACUCCCUUCCUCAUUUUAAGAGGUAUUAUGUAUGCUUUGAUACACUAAAGAGAGGCUGGAAAGCGAGGUGUAGGUCACUCAUUAGGCUAGAUGGUUGCUUCCUAAAAGGCUCAUUUAAGAAUGAAUUUCUCACAGCUGUUGGAAGAGACGCAAACAACCAAAUGUUCCCUAUUGCAUGGGUUGUGGUUGAAGUAGAGUGCACUGAUUCAUGGGCCUGGUUUCUCAGUCUCCUAUCAACUGAUUUGGGCUUGGAAGAUGGGUAUGGGUACACAAUUAUCAGUGACCAACAAAAUGGCUUUGAGAUUGCAAUUUCUGACAUACUACCAAGGGUGGAGCAUAGGAAUUCACUGGAGAAUAAAAAUAAGGAUGCUUACGAUAAUUUGAUGAAGAAGUCUCCAAAGAUGUGGACUAGGGCAUUUUUGGGGACUACUUGUAAAUCAGAUAUAGUUGACAACAAUUUGUGUGAAGCAUUCAAUUCAAGCAUUGUUGAAGUUAGGUCCAAAAGUAUUAUCAGAAUGCUUGAGGAUAUUAGGACCAAGAUGAUGACUAGGAUAGUACAGAAAAGGAAGCUAUGUAAUGGAUGGAAGCAAAAUUAUGGUCCAAUGGUGAAAACUAAGUUUGAUGGUAAUAAGAAAGACUGUGUAGAGUGGCAACUGAUAUGGAGUGGUGAAAAUAUAUGUGAGUUGAGGAAAGGAAGUUAUCAGUAUACAGUGAACCUAAGUCAAAGGAUAUGUAGUUAUAGAAGUUGGCAAAUUAGUGGGAUUCCAUGUUCCCAUGGAUGUGCUGCCAUGUAUCAUUUAGGGCUUCAGCCAGAUGAAUAUUUGCAUGAAUAUUAUCACAAUGAUACCUAUAAGAAAGCUUACUGUUUUCCAAUGCAUCCCAUAAAUGGGCCACAUGAUUGGGAAAAAACUGGUAUUUAG